GCGUGCGUGCGUGAGGGAAGGCAGGCGGAGGCAGCGUUCGGCUGCCUGGACCCCCCAGCCCGCCGCCGCCGCCCCUCCUCCUCUUCCUCCUCCUCCUCUUCCUCCUCCUCCUUCCCCCCUCCCCACAGUCCCCCGCCCCGGUCGCCGCCCCGCUCCUUGUCUUCCCCGUUAAAAUGCCCCUGGGCUGCCGCUGUUGAGGUACCGUGCGGGGACUCUGCCGCUCGCCGCCGCCGCCCGGGCAAGAGGGGAGCUGCUCCCCGCCGCCCCGCUCCCGCCCAGCGGCCCCGCCGCCGCCGCCGCUUUGUCCCGGCAGCGAGACGGAGCCGCCGUUGAUGGUGUAGCGCACCGCGGAGAACCUUUUUAAAACGCUGGGGUUGUUGGAGUGGUUGAAUUUUUCCUGGAUUUGAGUGAGAAAUUCAGAAGACUGAAGCCCAGGCUCACUGUCUACCUUUCACGGAGGCCCAGCCGUGAGAGGACAGAAGAAGGCACGUGGCGAAUCAUGACAGCAGACAAAGAAAAAGACAAAGACAAAGAGAAGGACAGGGAUAGAGACCGGGAUAAGGAGCGAGACAAGAGAGACAAGGUGAGGGAGAGUGAGAACUCACGUCCUCGUCGGAGCUGUACGUUGGAAGGAGGCGCCAAGAAUUAUGCGGAAAGCGAUCAUAGUGAAGAUGAGGACAAUGACAACAACAGUGCCACCACAGAGGAGUCCACAAAGAAAAGCAAAAAGAAACCGCCCAAGAAGAAGUCCCGAUACGAGAGAACAGACAACGGUGAAAUAACGUCCUUUAUCACGGAGGAUGAUGUUGUGUACAGGCCUGGAGAUUGCGUAUAUAUUGAAAGUCGCCGGCCGAACACUCCGUAUUUCAUCUGCAGCAUUCAAGACUUCAAACUGAGUAAACGGGACCACCUCCUUAUGAAUGUCAAAUGGUACUAUCGCCAGUCUGAAGUCCCAGAUUCAGUCUAUCAGCAUUUGGUUCAGGACAGACACAAUGAGAAUGACUCUGGACGAGAGCUUGUUAUUACAGACCCAGUUAUCAAGAAUCGAGAGCUCUUCAUUUCAGAUUAUGUUGACACUUACCACGCUGCUGCCCUCAGAGGGAAGUGUAAUAUCUCCCAUUUCUCUGACAUAUUUGCUGCUAGAGAGUUUAAAGCCCGAGUGGAUUCAUUUUUCUACAUACUGGGCUAUAAUCCAGAGACAAGGAGGCUAAACAGUACCCAAGGUGAAAUCAGAGUUGGACCCAGCCAUCAGGCUAAGCUUCCUGAUCUGCAGCCAUUUCCUUCCCCAGAUGGUGACACAGUGACACAGCAUGAAGAACUUGUGUGGAUGCCAGGAGUCAAUGACUGUGACUUACUUAUGUACCUUAGGGCGGCAAGGAGCAUGGCAGCUUUUGCGGGCAUGUGUGAUGGAGGAUCCACAGAAGACGGUUGCGUUGCAGCCUCCCGUGACGACACUACACUUAACGCACUCAAUACACUACAUGAAAGUAACUAUGAUGCUGGAAAAGCCCUGCAGCGCUUGGUGAAGAAACCUGUGCCAAAACUGAUUGAGAAGUGUUGGACUGAAGAUGAAGUGAAACGUUUUAUUAAGGGGUUGAGGCAGUACGGCAAGAACUUCUUCAGGAUCCGAAAGGAGUUGCUGCCGAAUAAGGAGACUGGAGAACUAAUCACCUUCUAUUACUAUUGGAAGAAAACCCCUGAAGCAGCAAGUUCUCGAGCCCACCGUAGGCAUCGAAGACAGGCUGUGUUUCGGAGAAUUAAAACUCGAACUGCUUCCACUCCAGUCAACACUCCCUCCAGGCCCCCCUCCAGUGAAUUCUUGGACUUGAGCUCGGCCAGUGAAGAUGACUUUGACAGCGAGGACAGUGAACAGGAACUGAAGGGCUACGCCUGUCGUCACUGCUUCACAACCACCUCUAAGGACUGGCACCACGGCGGUCGAGAAAACAUUUUAUUGUGCACUGAUUGUCGCAUUCACUUCAAAAAAUACGGAGAGCUGCCACCCAUCGAGAAGCCUGUAGACCCUCCACCCUUUAUGUUUAAGCCUGUCAAAGAGGAAGAUGAUGGACUCAGUGGAAAGCAUAGCAUGAGGACAAGGCGGAGUCGAGGCUCGAUGUCUACACUACGUAGUGGUCGUAAAAAGCAGCCAGCCAGCCCUGAUGGUAGAGCCUCACCUAUUAAUGAAGACAUCCGUUCCAGUGGCCGCAACUCUCCGAGCGCUGCCAGCACCUCCAGUAAUGACAGCAAAGCAGAUUCAGUGAAGAAGUCUACCAAGAAGAUAAAAGAAGAGGUAUCUUCUCCUCUCAAGAACUCCAAGAGGCAGCGGGAAAAGGCAGCUUCUGACACAGAGGAACCUGACAGGUCCAAUGCCAAAAAGUCCAAAACUCAAGAGAUCAGCAGGCCAAACUCUCCCUCGGAGGGCGAGGGUGAAGGCGAGAGCUCUGACAGCCGCAGCGUCAAUGACGAAGGGAGCAGCGAUCCCAAGGACAUUGACCAGGAUAACCGGAGCACGUCACCCAGCAUCCCUAGCCCUCAAGACAAUGAGAGCGACUCGGAUUCAUCUGCUCAACAGCAAGUGCUGCAGGCACAGCCCCAAGCGCUUCAAGCACAGAGCGGUUCUGGCCAGGCUCCUGCUCCUACGCCACCAAUACCAGCCCAGUUACCAGCAUCGCUGCCGGCAGCGUCCAGCGCUGCUUCAGCUCCGCCGCAGGUCUCGCCGUCAGCGUCCCAGCCCACUAGCCAGCCCCAGGCCCCCGCGCCACCGCCUCCUCAUUCUCACAUACAGCAGGCCCCGGCUUUGCACCCGCAGAGACUCCCGUCACCCCACCCACCUCUGCAGCCUCUGAGCGUGUCGCAGAGCCAGCCGACCCCUGCCUCUUCGCAGCCUCACCCGCAGGCUCCGCUCCACAGUCAGACCCAACCUGCCCCUCACAGCCUGCCGGCCCAGCCGCUCCUGCCUCAUCCUGUACCUUCCCAGCCAUUUUCCCUCCCCACUCAGUCAUCUCAGUCUCAGGUUCCCCUUCAGACACAAGCACCGUCUCAUUCUCACUCUGCUCUCCAGGUUCAGGUAACACAGCCUGUCCUGCCAACCGCGACCUCACUGCAGCAGGCUCAGCCUCCGCGGGAGCAGCCCUUGCCCCCUGCGCCCAUGGCCAUGCCUCAUAUCAAACCUCCCCCUACCACCCCAAUCCCUCAGCUCCCCACUGCUCCAUCCCAUAAGCACCCUCCUCACCUCUCUGGCCCUUCUCCAUUCUCCAUGAACUCCAACUUGCCUCCACCACCUGCUUUAAAACCUCUGAGCUCCCUCUCAACUCAUCAUCCUCCGUCUGCACACCCUCCUCCUUUGCAGCUGAUGCCUCAAAGCCAACCGCUGCAGUCUUCGCCAGCCCAGCCUCCUGUACUGACGCAGAGUCAGAGCCUUCCCCCACCUGCUAAUCACCCCCCAUCUGGACUCCAUCAGGUAUCCUCCCAGCCCCCCUUUUCUCAGCAUCCAUUUGUCCCAGCAGGCCCACCUUCCAUCACCCCUCCUUCUUGCCCCUCCACUUCCACGCCACCCACUGUGCCCGGCAUCCCACUUCAGACUUCCAUCUCCACAUCAGCAGCUUCUAGUGGAAACGUGCCAGUGGUGACAGCCUGCACGCUACCGCCUAUUCAAAUCAAAGAAGAAGUCCCAGAUGAAGCUGAGGAACCAGAAAGCCCUCCCCCUCCACCCAGAAGUCCAUCACCAGAACCCACUGUGGUGGAUACACCGAGUCACGCUAGUCAAUCAGCCAGGUUCUACAAGCACCUGGACCGUGGCUACAAUUCAUGCUCAAGAGCAGACUUAUACUUUAUGCCUCUGGCAGGAUCGAAACUGGCCAAGAAGAGAGAAGAGGCCAUUGAAAAGGCCAAAAGGGAAGCAGAGCAGAAAGCCAGAGAAGAGAGGGAGAGAGAAAAAGAAAAAGAGAAGGAAAGAGAGAGGGAGCGGGAGCGUGAAAGAGAAGCAGAAAGAGCUGCGCAGAAGGUAUCCAGCUCCUCCCAUGAAGGCCGUCUUGGAGAGUCUCAGCUCAGCGGGCCAGCACAUAUGAGACCUUCAUUUGAACCUCCGCCGACGACCAUUGCUGCUGUACCACCUUACAUUGGUCCAGAUACGCCUGCUUUACGAACACUGAGUGAAUAUGCCCGUCCUCAUGUCAUGUCGCCAACAAACCGUAAUCAUCCCUUCUUUGUCCCCCUGAACCCCACUGAUCCACUUCUGGCCUACCAUAUGCCCGGCCUCUACAAUGUGGAUCCCACCAUUCGGGAACGAGAGCUGCGAGAGCGGGAAAUCCGGGAGCGAGAAAUCCGGGAAAGGGAGUUGAGAGAGAGGAUGAAACCUGGCUUUGAGGUGAAGCCCCCAGAGCUAGAUGCACUGCACCCAGCUACUAACCCCAUGGAGCAUUUUGCCAGGCACGGUGCACUGACUAUUCCCCCAACAGCAGGACCUCACCCGUUUGCUUCCUUCCAUCCGGGUUUGAACCCCCUUGAAAGAGAGAGACUUGCACUGGCAGGCCCACAGUUACGGCCUGAAAUGAGCUACCCUGACAGACUGGCAGCAGAGAGAAUACAUGCUGAGCGGAUGGCAUCGCUGACAAACGACCCGUUGGCACGGCUCCAGAUGUUCAACGUUACGCCUCACCAUCACCAACAUUCACACAUACACUCGCAUUUACACCUACAUCAGCAGGAUCCCUUACAUCAAGGUUCAGCAGGACCUGUUCACCCGCUGGUGGAUCCUUUAGCAGCUGGACCCCAUUUGGCACGUUUUCCCUACCCACCUGGAACCAUCCCCAACCCAUUGCUAGGGCAGCCACCUCAUGAGCAUGAAAUGCUCCGACAUCCAGUCUUUGGUACUCCUUAUCCACGAGAUCUGCCUGGUGCCAUUCCACCUCCUAUGUCAGCAGCCCACCAACUGCAGGCCAUGCACGCCCAGUCAGCAGAGCUGCAGAGACUGGCAAUGGAGCAGCAGUGGUUGCACGGGCAUCCUCACAUGCAUGGUGGUCAUCUACCGAGUCAGGAAGAUUAUUACAGUCGACUGAAGAAAGAAGGCGACAAACAGUUGUAAUAAAUUAUUUAUUUGUAAUGCUGGCUAUGGAAACCCCAGUCCUUGGGAAGGAGUGGAACAUUUUUACAUACAAUAAGAGCUACAAAAGGAAAAGAAUAUCUUAUAAAGAUUUCUUUAUAUAUUUAAAACAGAAACAACCACCCAACAAGUAGAGACUUAUCAGCAUAGUGUUCAUUUGUAGAGAAGAUUUCUCAAGACUGGUGUGGGUCUCCCUGCAUGACAACGUAUUCAGAAGCCUAUUGAAAAUACAGGACUGUGUGGAAUAUUCAGAGAACUUCCUGCAAUCUUGGUUUUGGUUUUUUUUUUCUUACUAGUUUGUUUUGAGUAGGUGCUAGAAUCAGGUUCACAACACAAGUCACUGUGCGUGAAGAGACACUCAAUGCAUCUAUAGCUAUUUUAAAAGAAACAAGGAUUGCAAGUAGGUGACAUAACAAGCUCUGAAUCCAAGUGCUAUAAUAAUAAAAAUCUACUUUUAUUUUAAUACAUUGUAGGAAAUCUUCAUAAUUUUAAAGAGAGCUCAGUUCUGCAGCAUGGCUUUUUAAGUCUGUAAAUAACUUUUUUGGGUAGAGGGGAGAAACAAAACAAAACAAAACUCCAGAAACAUUUAUCUUGAUUUUCAGUAACAUCACAAAUUGUGAAUUCCUACCUGGUAUUGACAGAAUACAGAGUUGAUUUUUUAAUAAAAUAUAUAUAUAUAAUUAUCCCUUUAAUUAAAGGGAAUGAUGGGUAUCAAUAAUUUCAAAUGGGUAAAAGCUUGAAAUUUGGUUUGAUAUCAACAAUAAGCAUUAAAGGGAGUUGCAGGGAUAAUGUUGCAAAUGACUGUUUCUGUUCUUGGUUUUUCGGUUUGUUUGGGUUUGUUGGGUUUUUUGUUAGUGUUACAUCUCUCUGUUCUGCAGAUGAUUUCUGUUGAGUUGGGUUUCUCAGCAGUACAGGUGUCCCUUGGAACUAGCUUACCCUUUUGAUGCCUACUUCAAGGGUUAAUUUUCAGUGUGGCCAUAAUACACUUCUUUCCUAUUACCUUUUGAAACUUAAUCUAACUACAUUGGUUUUAGACUUUAGACAAAGGUUCAAAGAAAUAAUCUGUUCUAAAAUAUCUUUUUUAAAAUGUUCCGUGGCUCAAACUAGUACAGCCAGAACUUUGUAUGCAUGUGCAUAUUUUUGGAAGAUGUGCUCUUUCUGGCCUCUUACGUUUGAUACGUUCUUAAGAAAAGCGGAUAGGCAACUCGGUUAGUGUUCUUAAAGUUGUUUUGCAAAGACCAGUCUGGAUUUCUCUUAGACUGUUUUAGUUUUGGUUUUGUAAGCAAAAACUUUUUAAUUGCCACCAGUGUUCUGUAUCUCAGGAACUUACUGCUUUGGGAUUAACCGGAUAUAUGGACAGUAACAUUUACUGACUCCCAACACAACAGGUCCAUGCAGAAUAACUCCUGUUGGCUAGUUCCCAUGUGGAUGGUAAAAGGAGAGGAAUACACAGGCGGCCAGUGAGCAUUAUUUUGGAGACAGCUCUGCUUACUGUCUAGGCAGAUUUUUAUUUUUUUUCUUCGCACUGUUUUGCCAUGGGUUUUCUUUGCCAGAGCAGGUGGUGAUGCAACCAAUGGACAUCUGAAUCUGCUGGCCGUUUUUUCUGCUGGUGCAUAACUUCCCCCCACUCUCUCUCUCUCUCUCUCUUAACUCACGAGUGCUCUCUCUGCUGUUGUAGACUGUUCAGUGUGAUGGUUGUGUCAUAGGACUGUACUGAGCCAUGCUUGAUAAACUUGUAGUUAAUCAUACGUUCUGAUGGAAGGCAUGGCAUGCACAGUGCUUUAUCCACCUCAUGGAUCUCAAACCAGUGUCAGUGCCCAAAGAUUACUGUCGGACGGUUAGUAACAUCAAUUUACCAAUUUAAACUAUGCAUCAGGCUAUUCUAGGCAAGAGUGUAUAGGAGAGAGAGGAGGAUUAUUUCAACUGAUGUUGAUCUUCCUUUUUUUCUGUCCUCCAUUCCAGAUUUCUCAGUGCUAAAAAACUGCAAUAGCGUUUAAUCAGUUCUGUCUGCUGUAUUUGAACUGUGAAGGUACUAGGAGGAACAGUUAGUGUUUCUGGGAUUUGGAAACCAUGAGGUCAACCUGGAGCCAAGGGUGGUAAAGUUGUCUUCAGUCACUGCCUUCGGUCGCUGCCUGCAGUGAUCAGGUGGAAGGGUUUGCUUCUGAGUAACGUUUUUUACUUUUGCUAACAGUGGAGUUGCUAAGUACGAUCGGUCUGCUCAGCAGAGAGAGUGCCUCAGUUUACUUUAAAGGUCUAAUUAGGCACAUUUCAGUUAAACCUCCCCUCCUUGUUUUUACCAUGUGGAAUUUGGGAGUUUGGGGGAGUUCAGCCAUUUCUUUUGAUCCUUCUUCUUUGCUGUUAUUUUUAGCUGUAGUUCUUCAUAAGGGGGGAAAAAAAAAGCUAAUUCUCUCCAAUGGUCCUCUCUCUGUAUUUUUUUUUUUCAGCUGAAGUUUUCAGUCUGUUCAAAAGCUAUUCAUUGAUUUCUUUUCUUUUUUUUAAUUAGAAAAGCAUUCUGAUAAUUUGUGGGACUUUUUCUGUUCACAGCAUUCAGCAAAUAAGCACUGAAAUUCUUCCAUUUUAGACCAAUGAUUAACUACAAUUUUACAUGCAGUGGUUUUUGAAGCCAUCUUGGUGUUCGAUGCCCUGUUAAAACAACCCAGACCUUUUGAUUUUCUUUAAGAAAUCUCUCUUAUUUUUCCUGUUUUGAAAGUUUAUUUUUUAAUUUUGCUUUAGUGUUUUUGAAACGUCUCUCUUGUUCUAUGUCGUCAUGGUUGAGCUUGUUUCACUGCACCGUUAAAGCAGAGUGUACAUUCUGACUGCUACAUUUAUAUAUAUCUUGAAGCUUAAUGUAUAUAUGAGUAGUUUGCCAUGGGAUAACACAGUGUAAACAGAGUAGAAACCCAGAAAUCGUGACUUCUGUGUUCUCUCCAUUUGAGUAUUUUGUAAUUUUUUUGAAAUAUUUGUGGACAUAAAUAAAACCAAGCUACACUACAGCA